GAGCAGGAAGCAAAUGGUAUGCCGAAUAAGGAAGUCUAACGAACUAAAUGCUAAAAUUUAAACUAGAGUGUACGCGAAAUAAUAACUCACUGUCUUAUUGUUUUGCUUAGUCUAGAUCUAAACAUAGACUCUAAAUGUCGACUGCUUUAGACUUUAAAAUUUGAAAUCUACUCUAGAAGACUAGAUUUAGAUUCUAGAAGUCUAUUAUUAAUAAUCAGAUAAUCAUAAUUCGCCGGUCAAGGCUUUUGACUGGAGUCACACUGGCAAACCCCUGAGUGGCAGAGUGUAGCAGAUGUGAAGAAGAUCUAAUUUUUCAAACAAUCACCCAACUAUCAUACCAAGGGACAAUUCUUGUGUUGGUUAGAAAUUCAUUGAAUAAAUCAUAGCAGGAAUUGUGGUUUUGAUUUGGACCUGAAUAUGCAGUGUUCCUCCAUUUCCUAUGGAUAUUGAGCAUUAUUUGGUCAUUGUGUUGGCCACACAACACAUUUGUAAACUGUGGUUGUAAAUAAGUGCUUUGGAUGUGAUGUGAUUUACUCAGAUUUGAAGAGAGAUCUUUGAAAAUGAUUAACUUACCAGAUUUCACCAAUUUGGAAGGGAUGACAUCCUUGCCAAGCAUCAAGUGCAAUAUGGACAUAAAUAACCAAGUCCUGAUAGACUUUUUGUUUCCAACUGGUAUCAUGAUUCCCAAAUCUGUAAAUCUCUAUUCUCCAAUAGAUCAGAUCAAGCAGGUCAUAUGGAGAGAAGCUCAGAAACUACCUUUAGCUAACAAACUGUUACAGGAAGAAGCAUACUAUUUUAGUUUCAUUAACAUCUCUGGAGAAAAGGAGGAAGUUUUAGAUGAGAGUCAGAAUUUAGAACAACUUCAGCCUCUUUUUCCAUAUUUGCAACUUGUUGAGAAAAAUGUAGACAGUAGUCCACAACAGAUUCUGACAAAGAAAAUAAACAGUUUAAUAGGAAGAGGUUUUCAGAAGCAGGAAUCUUUUCAAGCAGCAGAAAUAUCUGAUUUUAAAUGCAAAAUGUCUGAACUGUGCACACAGAUUUCAACUCAACGGCGGUCCCAGACAACUAUGGAAAAAUUUGAGUGGCGCUAUCCCCUCCGUCUCCGUGGAUCUGACAGUGUGCCUGCAGAGUUAACGGCCAGAACAGAAAAUAGAGAAAUAGUUGUGGACAUAGGAUUUAAUGUUGAUGGGAUAUGUUAUAAGUUAAAAGUAGACCUUGAUGGCACACCAGAUGAAGCCAUUCAGAGAGCACUGAUCAAAAGACGCAAUGCAACUGGAGUAAACAUUGAAGAUUCCGAUGACUACAUCUUGAAGGUCAUAGGUCAAGAGGAAUACAUAUAUGGGAACCAUCCACUCAUUCGGUUCAAGUAUGUAUAUCAGUGUUUAGUAAAGAAGAUAGCUCCGCAGUUCUGGAUGGUGAAAAAGUCUAAACUCCCUGUUGUUAAAUUUACUUUUCCUGAAUUAGAGUCCACACCUCCAGUCCCUAGGAGGCCAACUAUUGUACCAAGAAGUCCAAUGUCGUCAGGUAAUGAGAAUAUGCUCGUCACUGAAGUGAAAUCCAACUAUAGAAUACAACUAGUAGGAAUAGAUAAAGUACAGCUGCCCGAUAUUUCCAAGAUCAAACUGUACAUAGGACUGUACCAUGGGGCUGAAGCCUUGUGCAAAGAAAUAGAAACAUAUGAAAUGCCAGUGAUGGAUGGCAGCUGUACUGUCAGAGUGGACAUUGUCUUUGACAUCAAGGUAGCAGACUUGCCGCUGGCGGCCAGGCUGUGCUUUGCCCUUUACCAUAUCAACACCAACAAACGAGAGGACUUGUCCUGCUGGGUGAACAUUCCCGUCUAUGAUUUUAAAGAACGUCUUCAGAGAGGGGACAGAGAGCUCCCCAUGUGGCCACAUGAUGUCUUGCAGCAGCCUGAGGAACACUGCAAUCCUAUUGGUGGUGUUGCAGUGAAUGCUGUUAGUAUGGAUGCCACACUGUUGAAGAUUAACUUCCCAGAUUUUGACAACAAAGGUGGCUCCUACCUAAUUUAUCCUCCUUAUGACAAGAUUUUGCAAUGUGCAGCAGAAAAUAUGGAGCCUAGUUCUAGUAUUGGAUCACCGUGUAUGAAGGUGAGCAAGUCUCAUGUUGAGCAGCUGACCCAGGCUCUCUACCAGUCAGAACAGCUCUGUGAACAGGACAAAGAUCUUAUCUGGACCUUCCGUUAUGAAGUCCAACAGAAAUUUCCAAACUUCCUGUCUAAAGUACUACAAUCUGUCAAGUGGAACAGCUACAUAGAUGUAGCCAAGAUAACUACCCUGCUACAGAUCUGGAAACCUUUGCCUGUGGACUACGCUCUUGAAAUACUAGAUUAUGAAUACCCAGAUCGCAAUGUGAGAGAAUUUGCUGUGAAGUGUCUAGAUAGUGAAUUAAGUGAUGAUGAUGUAGCCCAGUACAUGCUACAACUGGUACAGGCUCUCAAGUUUGAGACUCACUUGUGCUGCUCUCUGGCCAAGUUUCUCCUCACUAGAGCUCUGAAGAACCAGCACUUAGGUCACAAACUCUUCUGGUUGUUGAGGUCUGAAACUCACAACUCAACAGUCAGCACACAAUAUAGUCUAAUCCUACAGAUUUACCUCAAACAUAAUAAUGACCACUUGGCUGUGCUGAUGAAGCAGCAGGAUGCCCUUAAGAAACUCUCCGCACUGAACUCUCUUAUAAAAGAAUGUGAUAUUAAUGACGAUACUAAAAGACAAAAUGCUAAGACUCUAAUGCAAGAAGUUCUUCGGCAGCCCAACUAUAUGAAAUUCUUGACAGAUUUGUCUAGCCCAUUGUCUCCGCUGUACAAAAUGAAAGACCUCAAAAUAGAUAAUUGUAAAUUUAUGAAUUCCAAAAAACGUCCAUUAUGGCUUGUCUGGUCUAAUGAAGACAGCAUGGGGCCAGACAUCCAGAUCAUUUACAAGAAUGGUGAUGAUCUUCGGCAGGAUAUGCUGACUUUACAGAUCCUACAAGUUAUGGACAACAUUUGGCAGGCUGAAGGAUUAGACUUCAGGAUGAAUCCUUACAUGUGCAUGGCCACAGACCUGCAGCAAGGGAUGAUAGAGGUAGUUACCUCAGCUGACACAAUGGCUAACAUCCAAAAGUGGUACAAGAAAACAGCUUUUGACAAAAAGGCUUUGUUUGAGUGGCUGAAAAGUAAACAUCAGAAUGAGGAGAGCCUCAACACUGCUGUGGAUGAGUUCACCCUAUCCUGCGCUGGCUACUGUGUGGCUACUUAUGUUUUAGGAAUAGGAGACAGACACAAUGAUAAUAUCAUGAUGAAAACGUCUGGCCAGAUGUUCCACAUUGACUUUGGUCAUUUCCUGGGCAAUUUUAAGACCAAGUUUAAUGUGAAGCGUGAGAGAGUUCCAUUUGUGCUAACUAGUCACUUCGUCUACGUCAUAACUAAAGGUGGCACUAACCCUGACAACUUUCAAAAGUUUCAAACCAUGUGUGAAAAGGCUUAUUUGGCUGUGCGGCAGAAGUACCCACUCCUGGUGUCCCUCUUUAUGAUGAUGUUGUCCGGCGGUAUUCCUCAACUGACCAGCCCUAAAGAUGUCAACUACCUUAAGGAAACACUGGUCCCUCAUAUGACUGAGGCAGAUGCCAGAUCACAUUUCCGAGGAAAGUUCAAAGAGGCCCUCCUCGGCUCCUGGAAGAGUAGUGUGAAUUUCUUUUUCCAUAUGAAAGCCAAGUAGCCGGAAGGUUGCACUUAUAUCCCAGAUGGUAUAACAUUAGGUAUUCAUAACAGGCAAUUAUUGAUUUAGAUUUUUACAAUUUAAAUUCAGUUAGAUGUCCCAAUGUAGUGUAACAUCAAGUUAUUCCAUGUUGAACUAGAACUAUAUAAUCUUGAUUUCAACUUAGGUCACAAUCUUGAUGCACAAAGAAAAGAAAAUCAUAAUUUAUUUAUAUUAUUGAAGUACAUGUACUAACAACAAAUGCACAACUUUGUUAAAAUAAAAUUGUUUAAUUCAAAUAUGGUUAUCACAUAAUGAUUAUAUGAUUUGAUUCUCAAAAAAAAACAGUAACACUAGCAACAUAAGACAUUUAACCAUUAGCAUAUCAUUAAACAACUUGACAUUAUACAUGUCAAAAUGUAAACAUAAUUCAAUAUUUAAAUUGCCAAGCAGUAAUUUGAAAUUACAGCAGACUUUUAUUGCCAGUUAUUAUAAAUCUUUAAAUUCAUUGUUCUAGUACAUUGACUAGUGCAACAAUUUGUGUAUGAUUCAAUCAACUCAAAAUCUGCUAUUUGGUAACAAUCAGCAAUAAUUUCUUUGCGUUUAAAUCCAUUAAGUUAUUGAGACUUCUGUUUCUUUGAUUUCAUUUUCUUCUCCACAUUCCUAGUACAUCUCAACAUUCCUUUAUUUUCACAACAAAAUAUUUCAUGAUUCUUUUCUAUUUUUUUUUCCAUGACACUUUGAAAUGCAAUACAGUGUCUCUCUCUCUGUCUGUGUGAAUAGUGGAGAUAAGAUGUUCUUGUGGAUAGAUAUAAUCCUGUAUAGAAGUUUCACCUUUGACCUUUAGCUAUGUAAGGGUUUAAGAGAGAAAAAGAUUCAUAUGUGUUAGUAAGGUAAACAGAUGUUUAUGUUUUGAGGUUAGUGUCCAUUUAAUGUAAUUUAAGGUCAUGUGGAAAACAUUUAGUUCAAUGUAGCUAUGCAUUGUUUAGUAAAAUAAUGUACAUUUUUACCGACAUAAAAUGUUUUUCAAUUUCUUUUUGUAUUAGAUCAAUUUCAUUCCUUGAUUGUAAUGUAUGCAAAUGUGAUAUUAUUAGCUAGAGAUGUAAAAACUGGAUUAUUUACCACUCUUGACAUUUGAUGAUAUGUUGACUUAUAUUUGUAUAUAGUUUAUGUUUACAGCUUAUAUUGUUGAAUUGAAUUGUUACUUGUAACUUUGAAUUAUGACUGUUGUUAAGCUUUAGACCUUUUGAAUCUAUUUUGCAUGUCAUAAGAUUUAUACCAGAUAUUUUGAUUACAUUUAAUAUAAUUUCUUAUGUUUUCUCUUGAUUGAAAACACAAAGUUUAUAUUUAUACUGAAAAGAUUUAUAUUUUCAAGAUGUGAUUUCACUUUUACAUUUAUAGGGCUUCAUUUUGUUCUUGUUGCUUCUACCUAACAGCCUUGAACAACUUACCACGUGCCUUUUUUUUUUUUAAUGGUUAUGAUUGUUCAUUAUAAUAGUGUUAAUUAUUUAAAGAUACUUAUGUUGGAAAUAAGAGAAUAUUCCAUAAAAGUAAAACUACCUUUACAUUAGUGCAUCUAUAUUACCAUGAAGCAAAGAUGUGUUCAUCUAAUAGUUGCCUUGUAGCCACCACCCUAGGGACCUAAAUAUUGUAAAUGAGCCUUUUAUGUUGAGGGUUGUCAUAGCUAAUCAAGCUUUAAAAGUGUUUUUGUACAAAUUAGUUACAUCAUUCCAAGAUACAUAGUUUCAACUUGCAGGCUUUGUGACAUGAAGGUAAAUAGAAUGCUGUACAUCAAUAUGUGUAUUUUGAAAAAAUAUAUAUUUUUGAAAAAUAUCUCUAAAAAGAGCCAACAGUAUUAUAAAAGUUAUUUUAUAUGAAAGUCCAGAAUAUAUGUUGAUCAUAUGCAGUUAUUGUGCUUAAUGUUUAAAAAAUCUGUCAGCAUAGCAGUGCUUACCUCACAUUACCAACCAUAAGUUUUCAAAUAUUUAAUCUGAUCUAAAAUCAAGAAUUUUUUUACAAUAACUAUUAUGGUUCUCUGUGUUAUAAAUUUUAUAAAUGCUUCUAACUGGUUGUUAUAUGAGGUAUUGUAACUUUUGAUGACUGUGUUAGCUACAUUUAGAAAAAUGGUGUGGGGGAAUGGAAUAGUAAUCUUAAUUUGAUUUCAUGCCACCCAUUUAGGCAUGUGUCACAUAGUACAAAAAUUAUCUAUUUUAGCAAAAUAUUUUGUUAGGUUAAGGAAACAGAUAGUGUACUGCUAAAAUAGGUUUUGAAGGGGAUUCGAUGUAUUAAUGCUGAAAAUUGUGGUAUAAUGAUUUGAAUAUCUUAGAACAUUUAUAUUUUGUUCAGUCAGAAUUGAUGUUUUAGUUCAAUGUACUCAGCAUUAUAUCUGUACUGUGCUACAGGAUUACAACCAGCAUUUCCAAGAUGUUUUUAGUGUUUCAUUACUUAUUGUGUGUGUGCGUUGUGUUGGUAUAUUUGUCAUAGAGUGAUAGGCUACACCAAUCUGUUAAGAGUAGACCUCAUAAGAAGCCAUCAUUAAAGCCGUGAUGAUGUAGACCAUCUAAUCACAGAGAAUAACUUUGAUAUCCAGUAAAUGAAGUUAAAGUCUGAUCUAUUAGUGCAUCAUAUUUAUUUUUAGUGUUUUAGCAUUUUUUGAUGGUAGAUUUUUAAAACUCUGGCCUGUAUAGCUCUCAACUAAUUUUCUUCGUGACCAUUGUUUUAGAUUUGUUUACAUUUCACUUGGAGUUCCACCGCAUUUCAUUUUGUUUUUGAAAAAAAAUUCAAGAGUAUUGGUCAGACCACUGUGUGGAACCUUUUCAACAUUGAGAAGGCUUUCUCUCAGUGGUCAGGAGUUAAUUGGGAGCUCGUCACUUCCUAUAUAGUCUGUAAGGCUGUGUCCAAAACAAAAAAGAGAUACUUAAGUAAAUGCUUUUGGUUGUGUUGUAGAAGUUUCAUGAAAAAGAAUGUUUAUUGUAAUGGCUUGAAAUUAUUUUUCCUUUAUACUUGCUUUUCCCCCCCUUGCAGUAAACAGGAGUACUUUAGCUGCAUAAUUGGUUGCCUGGUUAUGUUUUAUGAACCCUAUGACUGCUAUCAUAAUUGUCCAAGGUUCAAACCUUGAUUUGCUUAUUUGUAGGCUUAGGCUAGAAUGUAAGGAUCUUCUAUUCUGAAAGUCUCAAACAUGUUGAGAGCUACGUAUCGUUCUAGCUAUGUAUUGUUCUAUAUGAAGUGAAGCAUACCACAGUGCUUUCACGCCAACUACAAACACAGGCCUUUAUGUUCUGUUUCUGUCAUUAUGUUCUAAUCAAUUUGUAUAAUUGAUUUGUGUGGUGUGUAUAUAUUUUAUUCUAAAGUCACAUUUUAUUUGUUGUAUGUACAUGAUCCAAGCUUGUGAAAUGCUUACUUAAAAGUGCAGCCUAGCCUAUUGAAUCAGGGUUUGAUUUGGAAAUGGGAUUAUCAUUUUUUAUAUUUUGAUAUAGACACUAUCCAGUCUACUAGGUAUUUAUUUUAAACAAUGCUAAAAUGUUUCCAAUAGAUCACAAUUAACCAAAUUAAAAUAAUGGCUCAGCUGAGUGACAUUUUAAUUCUGAUGUUAAAUUGUAGUUUUGGAAUCUUUAUUCAGGAUUUAUCUCAUUCGGAAUAGUGCAUUAUGGAUUAUUAAUCGCAACACAAAAUCAAAAUUCUAUCCCAGAUCCCCCACCCCACUUCUACCUUAGACUGAGGAGGGAAUGUGGGCCAGAGCACACUGAGCAUGCUUGGUCCACAUGGAGACAGAUAAUAGAUUCUCUAGGCACACACCCAAGAGUUCAGUUGAUGAGUUUUCCUACAUGGAUUUCUGGGUUUUGAAGCCUGGGCGUGAAUCAAAAGUAAAAUUGUACAUGAAAGAUAAGAUCAUUAUUAUUGCUACUCCACCCAGAACAAUUCACUUGUGAUAAUUAGCAUGAAAUGUGUCAAUAUUCUAUUAGAACUAGUAUAUAUAUAGAAAUAAUAAUUAUUUUUUUUUGAGAGGGAAAGUUAAGUGUCCAAAUGAAUCCAAGAAAAAUAAAGUGUCAGUGUCAGUGCAAUGUGUUUUUGCAUGUAACAUUGGGCUCCUUUAUUUGUUUUUAGGCAUAUUUUACUCAGGAUGGUUACUGUAUGAAGUCAUACUGACAAGACAUUUUGACAGUUACUUUAAAUCACUGAAUAACUCUGCAAACACAAUAUAUGUUGAUUACAAUUGAUAAAAAAAAACACACCUAAAGAAUGAGAUUCACUAUUGGCAAUAUUGAUGAAAAGAGAAAAGAAACUAGUGUGACUGGUUCUAAAGUAUUUCUUAGCAGUCAGAAUGAUCACAAGCAUACAACUUACUUUUUUUUUUGGCUUAAUUCUUUAGAUACUGUUAUGUUAUGAAAUUAUUUCUCAUUGUCAGAGUGAUUGUACUUUACAGUUUGACAUUCUGAGGAAAUUAACAGCAUUCUUUGUGCAUAUGUUUGCGGUGUAUGUGUUUGAAUUUAUCUUACCUGCUGAUGACCAAAACUAUUGCCAUUCCAAUUGUACUUGAUCUUGUACCUAACAGUAAUUAGUCUUUGUCAUGAUCAAAGUCACAUUUAGAUAAGGGGCAAUAAAAACUCAAUUGAAUAGC